UGCGCGAGGCGGCGGCGGCGGCGGCGGCGCGUGGCCUCGUCGGCGUCUCCGUCCAGCGCGGCCUCCCCUCCUCCUCCUUUCCUCCUCCUUUCUUCUCCCCUCUUUUCCCCCCCCCUCCCCCCCUCUUUCCUCCUCUCCUCGCCCAGGCCGGGGCCAUGACCGACUUCAAGCUGGGCAUCGUGAGGCUCGGCCGUGUGGCGGGCAAGACAAAAUACACCCUGAUAGAUGAGCAAGACAUUCCUCUCGUAGAGAGCUACUCUUUCGAGGCUCGGAUGGAAGUCGACGCUGAUGGAAACGGUGCUAGAAUCUUUGCUUUUGCGUUUGACAAGAAUCGAGGGAGGGGAUUCGGGCGUCUGCUGCAUGAGUUGCUGUGGGAGAGACAUCGGGGAGGCAUUGCCCCAGGAUUCCAGGUGGUGCAUUUGAAUGCGGUGACCGUGGAUAACCGUUUGGACAACCUACGAUUGGUGCCGUGGGGCUGGAGACCCAAAGCUGAAGAAAUCUCUAGCAAGCAAAGGGAACAAAGCUUAUACUGGCUGGCGAUACAACAGCUUCCCACUGAUCCCAUCGAGGAGCAGUUCCCGGUGUUGAAUGUCACACGCUACUACAACGCUAACGGAGACGUGGUGGAAGAAGAGGAGAGUUCGUGCACGUACUAUGAAUGUCACUACCCUCCCUGCACAAUGAUUGAGAAACAGUUACGUGAGUUUAACAUCUGUGGCCGAUGCCAGGUUGCGCGGUACUGUGGUUCGCAGUGCCAGCAGAAAGACUGGCCCGCUCACAAGAAACACUGUCGGGAGAAGAAGCGACCCGUCCAGCAAGAACUGGGACCAGAGCGAUGACCGGCUGGCCGAAAACCUUCGCCGUAAAAGGGCCCCUUCCCUCCCGGAGGGCAAAGGGCGGGAAGGCGCCCGCUUUGCACAGACUGCUCACUUGAAGCCAGAGGCACUGACAACAAGGAGAAAAAAAAGAAAGAAAGAAAGAAAAAGACAGAAAAGACGAGACACACACACACACAAAAGACCCAUCUGCCAAUCUGCUGCGAUGCUUGAGUGAAAGGGAACUGGCCUUUUUUCCCUCUUAGUGUUAAAAGAAACCUCAAGCAGGAAAAAACAGAGAGAGAGAAAGAGAGAGAGAGAGAGAGAGAGAGAGACUACUGUAGAAGCUCUCCUAGUUAGAAAGCUUCUUGUUAUUUAUAUGUUAAUAUGUUUGUAAAGUUGUGUACAGGUUCCUGUUUCGUUUCCGUGGGGGGUGGGGAGGGAGGGAGGGAGGGGUUGGGGUUUUUUUUUGGUUUUUGUUUGUUAUUUUUUGUUAUUUUUUUCCCCUGUGGGAGGAGAGGGUUAGCAGUGUUCUUUAUCUAGGACUCAUUUACUGUAAUGUUUCGGGUGAGAACACAUCGUUGGUUGAACAAAAUAACUGUCUUGUAGCGAAAGCUUUUUUUUGCUCCCUGGGACAUUUAAAAAAAAAAAAAAAAAGACCCCCGGGGAUCUAGCACAGACAUCAGCAGUUAUAAUCUGAACAACUCUGCAUGGAAGUUGUGUUUUCAAGUAAAAAGGAUUGGAAUGGA